AUGCGGCAUCACUGCUGUGGCAAAAUUUCGGGAAAGGAGGAUCAAAUUGGAGAGUCGUCGCAAGAUCAGAGGCAGCACGAGGCCGAGAAGAGGAGAAUGGCGGACAAACUUUUCGAGGAAGCCGAUCGUCAAGCGGAGGAAUGGAGAACUCGUGAGAUUGCAAGAGACAUUGUUAAGAAGAAGAUAAACGAUGUUGCUCAAAAGAAAACCGUUAAGGAGGCGAGGUUGCGAUUGGAGAAAGAGAUGGAAAUGGUGCUAGUUGUUGAAAAACUCCAGGAGUUGCGUUCACUUCGCAUCCAGAAACUUAAGACGCCAGGCCAUCUAUUCCCAGAGGAUGAUGAUGCAUUCACGGAGAGCGUCCGUGCCGCAGUUGAAGCAGAAGAGCGACAGGCUGGCGGAGCUACUGCUGAAGCCUUUCCUGCAAAUGCCGAAGAGCAAACAACAAGGAACCCUUCCACGGACGAUGAAAAUACCAUCAAAGAAGUUCGAAGAGGCUGGGACACAUAUAUUGCACCGGGUGGGAGCCGAACUCCUGGUCACUGGGUUCAGCCUGUAGCUCCUUCGAGCGAGGCUUGGGCAUCGUUCUUGAUAAACAGAGAGAACGUGCUCUAACUUAAAGCUGGAAUUUUCACCAUCCCCGAUUUUUAUAUCAACGCCAGAAAUGGUGUCUGUACAAAAGGAUGAAUUCCGGGUAAGCAUCCUUUGAUUUUACAUGGAUCUCGACAUCCAGCCAGGAACCGCCAGUGACGACUUGAUUCCCAGGCCCUGAACUAUCAUCGCGUACAAAACAUGGAGGAGGAAAACAAGCGAUGCGCAGUUCACGAUAAGCUAGAGGCGCUCUAAAACUGGGAGAAACUUUACCAAGGACGUGAACACAGCAUAGAUGGUCGGCAUUGUAAGCGAGGUAAGCGAGAUAUUGAUCCCCACUGCGGCCACCAUGUACGAGAGCGAAGCAUGGGUGUCUAUGGUGAUCUGCAAAAGAAGAGGAACAUUUGGUCAAGCCAAGAGCACAGAAACACAAAGCCAAUCGCUCCAACAGCACGGACCUGCAACUCCAGACAGUGAGAACAUCGAGCCAAAAGCAAAGAGUUUCGUGCAUACCAGUGUACAAGCAAGGAUCAAGACGCUCCAGUUGAUUCUCCAUCUGAGCAGCAACGUGUUAGAAAAUGGAAAUCUAGCAAGCGAGCGAGCGACUCCACAAAGCACCCAUGGCAACGCCGAGAAAUCCGUGCAUCAACUAGACGAAGAAUUCCAAAAGUUCUGUGAGAUAUCCAAAUCUGUGUACGACGUAAGAAAGAGUCCAGCAAUGACGUGAAGAAGCAAGGCUGUGAUCGCCUAGAGAACAAAUGUAAUUCGAAUACAGCAAAGAUGAAAACAUUCAUUGUUUUGCGACCA